AUGAGGAAGCAAACCCGGGCCCGUCCGGAAUUACACCCUGUGCAAACCAGUGUUGAUGACCGCAAGAGCUCGCCGACGCCGUCCGCCAUGUUCUCUGCCACUAGCUCUCUUUUCCCGGCUAUUACCAGGACGGAUGGCCUUCUCAGCCCUAUAUGUCCUCCUCAGUCGCCAGGCUACGACCUAGUUGAGAGGAAGCGCCGCCGAGCUGUGGAUGAACACCACGACCGAAGGGAAAAAUAUGAUGCGCCGUUACCAAUGACUGCUCGCUCUCUGUCUCCAAUAUCCGAACACAUGAUGAGUGACCGGCGGCCGUUUACAGCCAAUCUUCCCCCUCCAAGCGCAAGGGUAAUUUCACCUUUGUCCCCCGAUCCGCACCCAGAGCAUUCAAGGAGGCCAACACUUGCCGAGGAGACACGAUCAAUUUUGCUUUCCGGACUACCAAAUGACGCAACCCGUCAAGAAGCAGCAGCCCAUAGCCCUCCAAGCGACCGACGUCAGUCCCUGCCCGCAUCCAUCCUCAGCGCCCGGCGAAGCAGCAUUGAACUCCAGCAAAAGCUCGAAGAGCGUGGCCGCACCUACAACUCGGUCUACUUCGUCGCAGCAGUAGCUCUCCGGCGGGCGAGCGACAGCUCUUCGUCAGUAAACGAGGGAGAAUCCGGCAAGACAUCACCAAUCGACGGGGACACGGUCACAAUCCGCGCGCGUAUCCGGCCCUGCGCACCAGACCGCAAGCCCUUCCUCGUCAAGCGCACCUUCGACCGCACAACCCUCCCAGAGCUGCCAUCCCUCGGAGCUAGAAGGUUGUCUGCGAUCAGCCCUAGGAGCAGCAUUGCACUCAGCCCGAACCCCCGGCGCUCGUCUGUUGCGGUGGAAGUGGACUUUGGGCCUAGCGGGGCGGACAAGUCGCCUGUUCGGUGCUCGAAUCCCGUGCCGAUUCAUCUGCUUUAUGCUCUGAUAUACUUCCCCAUUCUCGGGCAUCUUAUGUGCUCGAAGCACAUUAACCCACACGACAAGAUUGACUUGCCGCUUCCUAGUCCGGAGGCAUGGCUCCAGACUGUUCAACAUGGCAUGUGGGCUCUUUCACUUUCUUUCUGA